AUGGCCGGUCCAGUCUCGCGCGCACACGCAGCUCUUGGGGACACGAACUUGAACGACAGCCCGUACAGCCUCAUACCAGAGCGGCUGGGCGAGGUGGCGCAAAGAAACUUGCAAAGUCAUGGGAUGCAACCUGUAGCCCAGAAUGACGACGUCUACAGCCGUUCUUACACCAACGGCGACUUCGAUAAUGACCGCGACGACGACGACGACGACGAAGAUGUUGAAAAUGAGAUCGCCUGCGAUGACUUACAAAGAACUGACGGGGUAAAUAACUAUGAUAACGCUGGAUGUGACGAGCGCGAGGUCAGCGAGGCAGAAGAAGCUGGCUGCGCAUUGGCAGACCCGCCGUGGGACAUGGAAAAAGCCCGGAAUCUGCCCAUGCUGACCAAGUCUUUGUCUGGAAACCAGGUAGACAUCGCGCAGAUACGGAAGAAACAGGCAUUUUUGAGGGGAGGCGGAGAUGAAAACGAGUGUAAUGGCGUACCUACGCUUUUACCGAGCGCCUUGGACGCGGAUAGGACGAAGAGCUCCUCCAAGAAGAAAAAACGACAGCCAGGGGUUCUCGAGGCCAUAUUCCUCCCAAAGACGUUCGCAGCCGCUCACAGCAAAACAAAUGAGUCGCGAUCAAGCAUGGCUGUACGACGCCAUACUCGAAGGUCCGGCUCGUCGCAUCCGCACCAGGCCUCUGCAUCGACAUCGACGAAUGUUGCAGAGCAGCCGACAGAAUCACCCAGAUCGGGUUCUAGCUUGAAAAGUAAGGCCGUCAGUAAGGAAUCAAAGCCACCGGUCGCGACGCCAUCGGCGGGGAAAUCCUCCACGUCCUCUUCGACAAAAGCAGAAUGCGUAUCUUGUUUAGACGAAGUAUCGAAGCAGCGAUCUGCAUUGCUUAAGUGCAAACACCGGAUGUGUCACACAUGCUUGAAACGUCUCUUUGUCCUAUCUACCGAAGACCCGCAACUCAUGCCUCCAAAAUGCUGCACCGAUGAGAUGAUUCCUCUUCGACACGUCGAGCGGCUGCUCAACACGGCCUUCAAGAUCACAUGGAAUCGCAAGUACGCCGAGUACACCACGAAACAUCGCUUGUACUGCCCUAGCAAGAACUGUGGAGAGUGGAUCAAGCCAAAGUACAUCGAGACCGAUCCUGCGACGGGCAGGAAGUUUGGCAAGUGCAAGAAGUGUAAGACCAAGGUGUGCAAGAAGUGCGGCCUCAAGUGGCACGGCGGACGUUAUUGUGAGAACGACGAGGCCACCAGACAGGUCCUCGACCUUGGCAAGGAGAUGGGCUGGCAACGCUGCUACAAUUGCAGGGCCAUGGUUCAGCUCAGUGAAGGCUGCAACCACAUGCGGUGCAGAUGCAACGCCGAAUUCUGCAUGUUGUGCGCGCAGAAAUGGAAAACCUGUGACUGUCCUUGGUUCAACGUCCCGCCUGAGUUUGGCGUGGAAGAGUUCUUGGAUCCCGGCCAGGGGUUUCCGGCGGCGCCUCUGGAUUUGAGAAUUGGAAAUCUGCAUCCUCCACCACCACCACCUCCGCCGCCUGUGCUUCCGGGGUUUCUUCUGGACACGAAUCCACUCCCACAAUUGCUGCCUCCGAACCCUUUCCGAGAUCGAAGAGACAUGCCAUUUGAUCCUCUCAAUCCCGGAGACAUCUUUCGGCCACCCCGCGUAGAUCGCUCACGGAAUCACCGAAGACGAACGUUUCCCGCAAUUCCACUCACUUCUCAGGAACAGGAGACCGCAGAUGAAGAACUUGCACGCCAGCUUCAGGAGCAAGAGCUUACAGGCCGAGACACUGAAAAUGAUGACGACAGAACAAGACGCCAACGUCGAGCAAACCGUCAAAGCAGCAGAACUUCUUACAUCCUUACUGAGGAUCACUUAUGAUGACACCCCGUAAACAACAGUGAGGCGCUCUGGUGGGAACAUCCAGGAUAAUGCCAGUGCAGCUGUAUUAUGAAUUGCUUACACCACGCACCUUUUUUUUAUGACCAUGUACGCGGAUAUGAAUCUCAAAUGGAGUUCGGGAACUUUUGUUUUGUUAUCAUAUACCCACCUCGAGAUCUGUACAAAUUAUGUCCCCCUUUGUCUCUGAGCUGUCUGUUGCUCCUGGAUCUUGGCAGAGCACAUGGCCCACUGUAUCUUUGGUAAUGCACUCAACAAAUAUGGUAGCAAUCUAUUCCAACACGU